AAAGCACAUAAGGAAGCUAGGAAUCAAAAAGAACGUGUUGAUGAAUUAGAAAAAAUGACUAAACAACUUGAAUCCGAGAAAGAUGAUAAAGAAAAUCAAAACAAGAAUCUUCAACAACAAGUUAAUAAACUUCAAAAGGAUAUAGAGUCUAUAGCUAAAGAAUUUGAUGAAUCUACGGCUAAAUAUAAUAACAGUGAUAUGUUAUCACAAGAGCAAGAUAAAAAGAUUAAUGAAUUAGAGAAUGCACUUAUCGAAUUUAAGUCUAAUGAUGAUUCUGCUAAUAGUCCUGCCCUUUCAAAUUUGACUGCAGUGAACGAUGUCUUACGUAAAACGAAUGAAAAUCUUAACCUCAAGAUUCUUCAAGCACAAUCUCGAAUGAAAGUUUUGACUCAAAGGAUAGUGAGUUUGGAACUUGAUCUCAAAAAACUUCAAUUCGUUAGCAAGGAUGAUGUUACUGGAAAAUCUGUUAUACAAUUCAAAGAAAGAAUUGCAGACCUUGAAUCUGAAAAAGAAGGAUUGGAACAAGCAAAUGCUUCAUUCCGCGAAGAGCGUACGAAACUUGACCAAAAAAUCGAAUCUUUACUGUUACAAUUAAAAUUAGCUGGUGAUGAUGGAAAUAAAGUAGCUGCACAAUUUUAUGAACUCAAUGGAAAAAUUAUUGGCUUGGAGAAUGAAUUUGCUAAUUUAAAUCAAAAAUCGGAAAAGGAAAAUUUAGAGAUGCAAAAGGAAAUUGUAAGAUUAUUAAAAGUCAAUGAACAACUUGAAAAGGAAAUGAAACAAGCCGGAAUAAAACCUAAAGUUCAAACAAAUACGAAAUUAGAAAAUGUACCGCAACGAGCCCAAAGUUUGGAUAAUUUAAUACAUUCUAAACUUUUACAACAAGAAAGUACUAUAACCCAACAAAAUAAUCUUAUCAAGUCCUUACAAGAAAGAGUUAUAGAACUUGAACUUCGUAAUGAUUCUGAAUCUAUACAUGAAUUGAAUAUUUCUGGUGGUGGAAUGUUUGCCACAGAUCUUGAUGCAGUUGGUGGAUUCCGUGCUUCAACAAUGUCAAAUACAUCAAAUAUGUCAAAUGUUUCUGAAACAACAAAGAAGAAACGACCAUGUGUUCCAGCAGCUGUAGCAAAUAUGCCAUUAAGUCCUCCACCUACACCACCACCAAGUUUACCUUUACCAGCGUUACCAGGAACCGGAAUAAAUUAUGGUUCGCGGUCAUCAACACCUGGAUGUGUCUCACCUCCUCCACGAAAUCACAGUUCUGCAUCAAGACCUGAAUCAAGAUUAGGUCUGGCAGAUCUUGCUAAUUCUUCAGCAGUAGAACUUACAGUAGAAAUUCACAAAUUACAUCGGAAGAUUACUAAAAUGGAAGAUGAAAGCCUUGAAAAUCGACAAAUUGUUGAAAGUUUGGAAAAUUCACUUUCCGAAAAUGAGACAAAUCUACGUGUGGCAAAGCAACAAUUACAAGUUUUACAACGCGAUAAAAUGGAAUUGUUAGAUCAAAUCAAACGUCUUAGGUCUCAACUAGAUGAAACCACCACACAAUUUGAAAACGCCAAAUCUUCAGUACAAGAAGAGAAGAAAGUUAUAGAAACUGUAUUAGAGGAAGAACGAAGAGCUAAAGAGAGUGCAGAAAAAGCCAGAAGACAACUUGAAAACCGUAUGGAAGAACUUAUAGCCAAGAAGAGCAAAUUUAUGUGCUUCUAA